UAUGCAGAAGAUGACCCUUUUAAAUACAAGCUGAAUCCGCAUUUUCAUUUGUCAAAAUUUACAGUUAUUCCGCGCCGGACAGGUGCUUUCCAACGCGACAGUGACAACAACGCUAGGUGUGCAGGAUUUACUUUAAAACUUCAAGAUGAGUAUGUACUCAAUCAUAUUCAAACAAGAACAAGCCCAUGAAGACAGCAUAUGGAGCUGUGCCUGGGGGCGGAGUGAGCGGGACGGCACCGAAAAUAUUGUGACAGGUGCUCUGGAUGACACUGUCAAAGUGUGGAAGUGGUCAGAUGAGAAGCUGGAGCUGCGACACACCUUAGAAGGGCAUCAGCUUGGAGUCCUGUCUGUCGACAUCAGUCCAGGCGGCACAUUAGCAGCUUCCAGCAGUCUUGACGGCCACAUGAAGAUUUGGGACCUGGAGUCGGGAAACUUGCCAAGGGGUAUCGACGCCGGGCCAGUUGAUGCGUGGACUGUGGCCCUCUCACCAGACAACAGGUUCAUAGCAUCCGGCAGUCACACAGGCAAGAUCAACCUGUUUGGUGUAGACUCUGGCAGGAAGGAGACGUCCUUGGACACUAGGUGCAAAUUCACACUCAGCAUUGCAUAUAGCCCUGAUGGGAGAUUCAUAGCCUCAGGAGCUCUAGACGGUAUUGUCAACAUCUUUGACAUCACGACAGGAAAACUCAUCCACACACUAGAAGGUCACGCUAUGCCUAUCAGGUCUCUGUGCUUCUCUCCUGACUCCCAGCUUCUGGUCACGGCAUCAGACGAUGGAAAUAUCAAGAUAUAUGAUGUCCAACAUGCCAACCUAGCAGGAACCCUGUCAGGCCAUGGAGACUGGGUACUCAGUGUCUCCUUCUGCCCAGAUAACACCCACUUUGUCUCAGGGUCAUCUGAUAAAACCGUGAAGAUCUGGAAUGCCGGAACUCGGCAGUGUGUCCACACAUUCUAUGAGCACUCUGACCAGGUAUGGAGCGCCACCUAUAACAGUAAUGGUUCCAAGAUUGUGUCCGUCUCAGACGAUAAAGCAAUACACAUCUACGACUGCCCUCUCUGAGGUCGGCUGUCACAAGACUGAUACUCACUGAAGCCAGUCCUUCUGAAUGAUUGAAAUGUUUGUUGUCUGAAGACAAAUGGAUUGUACGCCACCUGUGAAGCUUCAUCUCCAUCUCCGCACCUCCAAGUGCUUCCCAUUGCAGGGAUGUAUAUUGGACCUCCAAGUGCUUCCCAUUGCAGGGAUGUAUAUUGGACCUCCAAGUGCUUCCCAUUGCAGGGAUGUAUAUUGGAAGUAAAGACACAGAGUUGACUGUAUGGGGUGUAGGAGUGAAUUUCAUUCCAAAGUUUAGUCAUAGCUCCAAAACGAUUUUGACUCCCACACUAAGAAGGACUGAUGAUCUUAAUGUUAAGAUCAUCACGAGGACCAAGUUCCAAUACACAGGAUGCAUACACUGCUGCUGUGCAUGUACCUUUGAUGAUGGUACAGUGUGUUGAAACAGUUCUCACCAAAGACGUUUCUCAAGUUUGGUCAAAUUGACACAAUGGAGGUACAGUCCUUGAGGGAAGUGCAUCUUCUUGUUUAGCUGAAUAGAAGCAUUCCAGGUCAGAAUUGGUCCUUAGGAACCUAAGCCUGCUUGUAAAAGGAACCUUAUAGAUAUAAUGGUUCACUGUGUGAUCCCACCACUAAGAGUAUUUUACAGAUAUCGUUGGUGCUCAUGGAUUUGUCUAGACCUGGGCCUAGGUUUUCAAAGCUCUCUUAGCGCUAAGAUAGUCAUAUGUGCCAUACAGUAACAUUAACUUACGACUGUCUUAGCGAUAAGAGAACUUCGAAAAUCCAGGCCCUGCUCAGAAGUCAAUAUUUGGCCCGAGUUUGCCAAAGUAGGCAUAAAAACUGUCAUAUCCUACACAAUAUAGUGGUAAAGCAACAUAAGUACUGUGAUGUGCUGGUUGAGCAGACUUUAACUCCAUGGACAAUAUGACCCCAAAAUUACCAAAUGGCUUCAUUUUACAUAGGUGACUCCUCUGUUAACAUGUGAUGUUAUAACAUCUCUGAAAAAGAGAACUUUAGAAAGCAAACAAUAAGAAUGAUAUAUUGACCUCACAAAGACACUUAGUUGGAAGUUCAAGACAUAUCCCUGUUAGUUCAGCAGAUAUUGCAAAUGGAAUUACCUCCUUCAUUGGCACUGAAAAAAUACAUAAUAAUUAAUAAUUUUAACAUUCAGAUGUUACUGUAAUCCAUUCUGCCAAGAUAAUGUCAAAUGGUGUGUAUAUAAAUUAUGUAUAUGUUACAUUAGAUGUCUGGAGUAAGUCACAUCAGCUCAAUAUGCUUCAGGGCCAGUGGGGUAGCCUAGUGGUUAAAGCGUUGGCUCGUCACGCCAAAGCCCCGGGUUCGAAUCCCCACAUGGGCACAAUGUGUGAAGCCCAUUUCUGGUGUCCCCUGCCGUGAUGUUGCUGGAAUAUUGCUAAAAGCGGCGUAAAACCAAACUCAGUCAGUCAGUCAGUCAAUAUGCUUCAAGAUUCUCCAGAAAAUCUUGGUUGUUAUUGGUCAUUGUGUGGGGUGUGAAAAUCAUGCAAGUCACGUGUUGAAGCAAGCACAUCCUUCAUUCAAACAUCAACUGUACAUAAUAAUGUAAAUAAAUAUAUUUUACAUUUCA